GGUCAAGGUUGCACUUUGCAGCUGCAGCAGGACGCGCACGGAGCGCCGCUUACUCACGGAGAGCAGCACCGAUUAUUAUUAUUAGCAGCAGCAGCAGUAGCUCUGCUCUCGUUUUAAUACCGAAGCGUCAUUCUAGGAUCUCCAUCCUCACGGUAUAUCCGCCAUGGACGAGAUGGAGGAAGAGUUAAAAUGCCCCGUUUGCGGCUCCUUUUACCGGGAGCCCAUCAUACUGCCUUGCUCCCACAAUAUUUGCCUGGCGUGUGCGCGGAAUAUUCUUGUGCAGACCCCCGAAGCCGAGUCCCCGCAGAGCAGCCGAGCCUCCGGGUCCGGCGUCUCAGAUUAUGAUUACUUGGAUUUGGAUAAAAUGAGUUUGUACAGCGAGGCGGACAGCGGGUACGGGUCUUACGGGGGGUUUGUCAGCGCUCCGACCACCCCCUGCCAGAAAUCACCCAACGGAGUCCGGGUUUUCCCCCCCGCCGUCCCCCAGUCCGGUCCGCAGCAGCACCUCCUGCCGCAUCCGGCCUCCUUGCCCCCGAUCCCCCGCAACUCCUGCAUCACCUGCCCGCAGUGUCACCGCAGCCUGAUCCUGGACGACCGGGGGCUCCGGGGGUUCCCCAAAAACCGGGUGCUGGAAGGAGUGGUGGACCGGUACCAGCAGAGCAAGGCGGCCGCCCUCAAGUGCCAGCUGUGUGAGAAGAGUCCGAAGGAGGCCACGGUGAUGUGCGAGCAGUGCGACGUGUUCUACUGCGACCCGUGCCGCCUGCGGUGCCACCCGCCCCGCGGUCCCCUCGCCAAGCAUCGCCUGGUUCCCCCCGCGCAGGGCCGGAUCAGUCGCCGCGCGAGCCCGCGCAAGAUCUCCACCUGCACGGAGCACGAGCUGGAGAACCUGAGCAUGUACUGCGUGCAGUGCAAGAUGCCCGUGUGUUACCAGUGUUUGGAAGAGGGAAAGCACGGCACGCACGAAGUCAAAGCUCUGGGCGCGAUGUGGAAACUGCACAAGGGUCAGCUGUCCCAAGCCUUAAACGGUCUGUCAGACAGAGCCACCGAAGCAAAGGAGUUCCUGGUUCAGCUGAGACACAUGGUGCAGCACAUCCAGGAAAACGGCGUGGAAUUUGAGGCCUGUUUGGUGGCGCAGUGCGACGCCCUGAUCGACGCCCUGAACCGGCGCAAAGCCCAGCUGCUGGCCCAAGUGAACAAGGAGCAUGAACACAAGCUUAAGGUGGUUCGGGAUCAGAUCUCCCAUUGCACAGUGAAGCUGCGCCAGACAACAGGACUGAUGGAGUACUGCCUGGAAGUCAUCAAGGAGAACGAUCCCAGUGGCUUCCUGCAGAUCUCGGACGCUUUGAUCCGGAGGGUCCACAUGAACGAGAGCCAGUGGGGGAAGGGAACCCUGACCCCGAGGAUGACCAGUGACUUUGACCUCACCCUGGACAGCGGGCCCCUCCUGCAAACGAUCCACCAGCUGGACUUUGUACAGAUGAAAGUCCCAGCUGCUCCCAUCCUCCAGCUAGAAGAAUGCUGUACCCAGAACAACAGCGCCACGUUGUCAUGGAAACAGCCGCCGCUCUCCACCAUCGCCGUCGAGGGUUACAUCCUGGAGCUGGACGACGGAAACGGCGGGCCGUUCAGGGAGGUGUAUGUGGGGACGGAAACCAUCUGCACGGUGGACGGGCUCCACUUCAACAGCACAUACAAGUCCAGAGUGAAGGCGUUCAAUUCCAGCGGAGUGGGCCAGUACAGCAAGACGCUGAUCAUGCAGACCUCUGAGACUGGACUCCCUCCAUGCGAUAUUCAGUCUCUAGGCACAGUUGCCUGGUUCACUUUCGACCCGGCGUCCGCUCACCCCGACAUCGUCUUCUCCAACGACAACCUGACGGUGUCGUGCAACAGCUACGACGACCGGGUGGUGCUGGGCACCGCCGCCUUCUCCCGCGGCGUCCAUUACUGGGAAAUGACGGUGGACCGCUACGACAACCACCCCGACCCGGCCUUCGGCAUCUGUCGCGGCGACGUCCUGAAGGACGUGAUGCUGGGGAAGGACGACAAGGCCUGGGCCAUGUACGUGGACAACAACCGCUCCUGGUUCAUGCACAACAACUCUCACACCAACAGGACGGAUGGUGGCGUCGCUAAAGGAUCGACGAUAGGAAUGCUGCUGGACUUCACACGUGGGAUCCUCAUCUUCCUCAUCAACGAUGAGCAGCAGGGUCCCGUUGCCUUCGAGAGCUUGGAAGGCGCUUAUUACCCCGCCAUCAGCCUCAACCGUAACGUCCAGGUCACUCUUCACACUGGGCUACCCAUCCCUGACUUUUACACGCCCGGGGAGGCAGACCCAACGAGCUCCGUGUGCUGAAGACCGCAGCGAAACCUGGGCAGGAUUUGAACCCUUCCCCGCCCCGUCGCAGGUCAAUACCUCUAACCCCGCCCUCGCCCUCCUGAUCUCGACUCUCCGUCUGUCGCCCCGACCUAAUGACCCCCAUGACUCUCCGUCGGAGGCCUCAUGACAGCCCUAAGCCAUGCCUUUUUCAUGCCUAAGCUUUGGACACGGCCGUGUGCAGGACAGUGCAUAUGGUGCCGAUUACUCCUAUUCUUAGGGAAGACGGGAUGUUUCACCAGAAUGUCCAGAGGAUCAGUAACGAACUGAACUGAAGGAGUACUUUUACAUUUUGGAAAAUACGUGCAUUGAGUCAAGACUAGGCCUGGGCUGGUGUGAAACUCUCAAGGAACGUAUAAGAUAGAUGCCUUUUUUUUUUGUUCCUAUCACUUUGUGAAUUUAUAUAUUUCAGGAUUCUUAGACAGGCAUCAACAUUUAUUCUCCCACUCAUCCCCUCUUUCUCGUAAUGCACAAGUACAUAAUAUAUUCCCAAAUAUCCAAUUCAAAUUCAAAUAAAAAAAAAAUUCAAGUUACAAAGUGUUGUAACUCAAAUCAUUCGAGUCAAUAUUAAGAUUAUUGUGGAUUGUUACUGAGUUUUUCCCUUCAGUUUUCCAGCUACUUGUCACCAAAGUUACUGCUAACGUAACUUUUCUGUUACUUUAGCAGCUGAUAAGUCAGAGUAGGUUCUGUCUAAAUAGAAAAGCAUCUGUCAAGAUCACCAGGAUUUGCUGUAAUAACAAAUCCCUUGUUUGAUAUAUGGGGACAAAUACCUGUGACAGAACCUCACAGAAUAUUGAAGAUGCUGAUAAAGAAACACCAGAAGAACAAAAUUCAGACAUUGGUGGAAUGAACAAUGUGCCAAAAAGUCUAAUAUCACAACAUUCCCUAAAUCUUGGAAUAUUAGUUUCCAAGAUAAUUGACUUAUUAAGCAACAACUUGCACCUCUCUGCUGUCCUGCCUUUUCUAGAGCAACACUGGGAGUAUAACAAGCAGCCAGUUCAGUUGUCAGGCUAUCUGCUCAUGUAGCAGUCACCCGCUCAACAGAAAAGCAAGCAGCAUUGCUUCCAUAAGAAGGAUGAGUGCCUCCCCUUUACUGUCCAUGCCAUAAUUAGCUAAAUAUUUCCAAAGAGCUGCUUUUUGAAACCUUGGGAUUUCUUGUUACUGGUAACCAGCCCAUGCCUACAGUCAAGAGUUGGGCUACCUUCACGUUGCAGGUAUAAAUGCUCAGUUCAGAGGGUUAGGGUUUGUUUCUUCGUGUGUUGUUGAUAUUACUAGACUAUGAUUGAGAACGGUUGGCAGCAUGCGCAGAAGAAGACUUGAUGUUGCAGGCAGCCCAUUGUGUUCGCAGAAGCAAAUACGGACGCUCCGAAUCUCGUCACACGUCAGGUCUGACGGCGCUCAAUCGAAGCUGCCGGAAAUGACGAUUAGCUCCGUCAACAGCGUCUGCCGUGCUUCUUCCCCCCCCCCCCUACUGUUUACAUUCAGUCGUGCCGCUUUCCGCCUCAUUCGGUGCAACAUAGUACCACAUUUCCGUGGCUUCUCAAUGCAACACGUCUGUUCACUUUCAAGAACAUCAUCCGAUUUGGGACGAGUCACGUUGGAAAUCGGGAGUUGUGCUGCACAGACUGUGACACUUCUUACGUAAAGAUGGAGCUACUUUUCCGAUUUUGGAGCGCAUUUGAAAGUGAAAUCGGAUUUUUGCCGCUCAGAUUCAUCUUCAGAAAAAAACAAAUCAGAUAGGGGUCACGCCUUCGUCUGCAGUGUGAACGCAGCCUUGACUAUGACGCUAAAGCUCAGAUCACAAGAAACAAAUGCUUGGCAGAAUGUCCAACUCUUCUCUUAAAUGAAGGAGGUUUUUUUUUUUAUGAAUUCAUUAGACAAGGAAGAUCUUGUAUUAACCGUUUCUUUUUUCUUACAACUCAAUAUAUUGUAUUCUUGAUGCGUAUGCCUCUGUCAGGUUUCCGUCUUGAAGACUGAUGUGGAUUCAAAACUGAGUUGAGAAUGAGAAGUCAUAUUGUGUGACUGUGUGUGUGUGGGUGUGUGUGUGUGUGUGUGUGUGUGUGUGUGUGUGUGUGUGUGUGUGUGUAGGCUGCCAGCCAUCACCCUUGGACCAGAGUCCAGCUCCCAGCCAUAUCAGUGUCAUUAUCUUCGUCUGUGUAAAUGGGAAGCUUUUCUUAGUGGCUUAACUCAAGUGAAACUUCUGUAUUGUGUUUGGGGUUUUUUUUUUCAAUAUUUACAGCAUCGAGGUUUAGGAUGCAGCAGGAAGGAAAACCUUUUUUUUCUUUUGCAAUGGCGCUUUCAAAACGGGGAGGGACUUUGGUCGAGGGGUUUUAAACGACUGUGAAGAUGUUAUUUUAAGGUGCUAAAGCAGUUCACAUAGUUUGGGCUUCUUUUUUUUGUUUUUUUACUGUGAGUGACUGAAUUCUGGUAGUUUUUGUAAUAUUGUUAUUGAAAUGAUCUAUUGCAAAGAGGUGUAAAGUUAAAUAAGUUAUUUGGUGUUAAGAGAUUUUUAGUAAGAAUUUAUUGUCGUUCCCUUUUCGCCGAUGUACAGUUACAGCCGAGGCGACGAGCGGCGAGCGGCGCUUGUCUGCUUUAAACGUUUUAUUAGAGGUCGGGGGUUUUUUGGAGGGGAAAUUAGAGGCUUUUCAGUUUACAUGUCUACAAAAGCAACAAGACGGGAGACACUGGAAUGUUUUUUUGUUUUUGUUUGUUUGUUUGUUUGUUUUUUGGCUAACAUUCUUUUCAGUACGUACUGACUAAAAAGCUUGCCGGUUUAGUGCUAAAGCGUGCUAACGGGACAAAAGCAACAAUGACUUUCCACGUCUGUGAGAGCUGAAAAAAAAAAAAGAAGUCUGUCUCACACAAUUUUACCAAGCACUAGUGGCCUCAUUUUCAUGCUAACAGUUGCUAAUUAGCACCAAACACAGCCGAUGAAUACAGAUCAUAAGGCACCAGACAAAGCGAAUGCUGUCUGGCAUAGUAAGAAUUAGCUUUACUCUGCUCCACAACAGAACAACCUGAACCAUUCAACAGUAAAAUACUGUGACCCAGCGGACCUUUGUGCAACAUGUUAGCAUGCUAGCAUGAGAAGUAAAACCUCCGUCACAUGAGCGACAGACUGUCUGAUCGACACGCUGCCAGAUUGGCCUGAACUAGGUGUAGGCCAAGAAAUGAAAUAAAAGUGACUUGAGCAGAAUUGGCGGUGAACAUGCAGCGAUUCUGUCGAGCUAAAAAUUGAAGAAACAUUUUAGACCUGAAGGAUCAUUUUGUGCUUUGACCUCUAAGUCAAGGCAGUCUGACCUCUGAGUAGAGUUCACAAAGGAUUAAUGUCUGUAUCUGAUUUUUUUUUUUUUUCUAUAAUAAAACAGAAAACGGAAGGAACUGAAAUCCUAAUGCUGAAUGGCCACAUCAGGGGAAACGUUACCAUUUCAGGUUCAAAAGUUGUUUUCUAGAUCCUUGUAGCCCAACGGAUGAACGGUGCCAAAGUAUUCAUUCCUCUUGAGCUCUUUCCCUCUUUGUCACGUUACAACCGCAAACUUUGAACUAUUUCGUUAAGGAUAUUAUGUGAGAUACAAACACUGAGUAGCGUAUAGUUGUGAAAUGGAAGGCAAAAGAAACACAGAUUUAAGAUUUAUAUUAAAAUAAAAGUACAUAUUGUAGUGGGGCAUGCUUAUUUUUGCUGACUUAUGGCCCACCCUGUAUUUUGUCUCAGCUUGGCUGAUAUCUAGAUGAAAAGGGGCUGAAUAUAUAAUAUAAACGCACGUCUGACCUAUUUUGAUCCACCACCUAAAAUUGCAAUAAAACGAAAGUCCGUUAGUGGUUGUUAUGCGACAAAACCGUGAAAGAAGUUUCAAAGGGCGUGAAUAUUUUAAGGCACCUGUCUAGCAUACACAUGAGGUGCUAUCCUGUGUUAGAGCUUCACGGGUGUGCCUUUUCCCCCAUUUGUACUUCCCCUAAAACAUUUGUGAAACUUUGCUUCAGACGAAAUCAACUGCUUCAGCAGAGUCGACUGUAACAUCUGUGAUGCCUAACCUCAUCUGCUGCUACGUGCUUUCUUUCUUUUUCUACCGUAAAAGGGCAUAUUUUUACCACCGGAAACCCUCUGGACGGACUGUAACUAUCACUAUCUUUAAAGGAAUAUUUCACCUUUUUUCUCUCUUUCUCUAAAGCAACUAAAGCCAAUGGUAGGCCAUACGAUGAUACAGAAACAUCAGCACACAGUGAGCAUAAUAACUCCUCAGUUUGUGUGGGUGUGUGUGUUUUGACCGAGAAGGUUCAGCAAGUUACACCACGUUCAGGGAGCUUUGCAAGAAUUAGCUGGUUGGUUUUUAAAGUAUAACUUCGAUUUAGCCCUUCUGUACUUGCAUAAAGUCACAAUAAAUUCACAAUGUAACAUCGGAAUUCAAGAUAAAUGUUUUUUGUUUUUUUGGGGGGUUUUCCAAGGAAGUCCUCGGUGGAAACAUCGGCACAGAUCUGAUAAAGGUGUGCUUCUGAACCGAACAAAAGGAAACGGGGAUUUUACUCAGCGUGAAUGCAACCCGAUUUCUUUAAGAAAAAAAAAAUAGUUUAACACGGUUUAAGCAAACUACGGGGACGCAGAUUCAUAUUACAACCUACAUAAACUUUACACCCAGUCGCUGGGCGACACUCGGUGUUACAUCUCCAAAUGUAUAUACAUAUCUUUGCGUGAGAGUGUAUGCGUGUGACUGUGUGUUGUACGUUCAUUAUAUCUCCAGAGGGAUUUUUUUCUUUAUUAUUUUUUUACAUUUUUUUGCCCCGUCUGAUCUGAGGGGGAAUGUUGCGUUCAGUUUUAGUUACAGUGAACCUGAAGUUUCUCUUUAUGAUAAUCUGACAAAUGGAAAAAUGAAAUUGUCCUCUUUAUAAUUUCCAGACAAUAUGAUUAUUAAUUGUCACAGUUUUAUGUCUACUAUUACCACAUCUUACCACUUAUAUGAUUAUUUGAAGUAUUUAACAAGCCUCUGUAUUUCUCGUGUCUGUGAAUCUUCAAUAAAAUCGGUGUCAACAACG